AUGUCCGACGCUGAAAUGGAAGAUCUAAAGGAAGAGGAUACGCUUGAAGAAAGUGCCGAAAAGACGGAUACGGAUGAUGAUGAAUCGUCGGAAGGCACCAACACGGAGGACGAAGAUACGGAGGAUGAUGAUAACGAUGAGUCGAUAGAAUCGAAGCACAUCAAAGAAUACAUUGAAAUUCUAACCAAAAUCGCCGGAGACAAGUACAACUACGACAACUAUGCCGAGCUGCUGGAAGUUGCUCACCAAAUGAAUGAUUUAGAUAAGAUUAGACAAAGCGCCGACAUAUUUUCCGCCAUGUAUCCGCUGUCGCCGGACAUCUGGUUGCGCUGGUUGAAAAUUGAAGCCGCCCUGGCAACGACAGACGAACAGGUGGAAAAGGUAGAAAAACUCUUCCAUCGAGCGUUCAACGACUACUAUUCCGUGGACGUUGCGAUCGAGUGUGCCGGGCUUGCGAUGAAAACGACUAGCAAAGACAUUUCCGAGCGCAUCUGGAAAUUGUUGAUUCCGACGUACGGCUUACACGUGACAAAGGGUAGAACCAUUUUUGAAGCAUACCGGGAAGAUGUAUUAACCAAAUACGGAGAUUCGCCUGCCAGCUUCAACCGGUUAGCCCGAAUCUAUGAGCAGGAGUUGAAGCUACCACUUCGUAACAUGGAAGACUCGUACAUCGAAUAUAAACUGUUGUGCGAGAAAUACAAGAGUAUGCUCACGGACCUGGACGAGGAGAAAUUCGACCGGAGGUAUAAGCAAGCGAAAGAAGCCCUUCAGCAGAUGCUCCCCCACGAAGACGCUAUCGCAGCACUUGACCAGCACUGCCACCAGAAGCGGGUGGAUCUGUACCGAAAGUACAUUGCCGAUUGCCAAACCGCCCUAGACGACGACGAAGUGCAGAUCCUGUACGAGCGCAUGGUGACCGAAUGCUGCUUAGAUGGAACGGUUUGGUUGGACUACUUGCGCUAUCUACAGCGAUGCCCUCCCGAUCCGGAGGAAAAUCCGGGAUCUCCGGUCUUCCGCCAAACCGAGCUCGACCUGGUGAACCGAGCCUUGCGCAACUGCACGUGGAGCGCGGAGUUGUACGUAGAGAAGAUGCGUAUCGUCGAGCGACGCCAGAAACCUGACUCAAAAAUGACCAUUCUGAAGAUCAUGGAGGACGUAGCUUCGGCUGGUCUGCAAACGCCCGAGGCGUCGGUAAAAGUUUGGCUUGAGUAUCUAACGUACUUACGCCGUGUGACGGACAUGAGCAGCGAAAAGGAGAAAGAAAUACUGCGCGCCAACUUUGAUCUAGCAUGGAAUCAGCUCGGAAGAACGUGGGGCGUGGCGGCUGAUUCCCAGUGCAAGAUUUUGCAGUUUUGGGGCCGGCUCGAGUACGAGGCGCUCGGAGAACCGAGCAAAGGCCGCGAUCUGUGGCACAGUGUGAUGGACAGUGCCGAUAACUCAACCCGGGCCGGUUUGUGGAUUGAGUUCAUUGAACUAGAAGCCAAACGAGGUCCGGACGCAGUUCGUAAACUUUACCGAAAAUCGAUCACAUCUGCGGGCUUGGAUGAUCCGGAAACACUGGCGUCAGCUUGGUUGCGCUUCGAACGAUGUAACGGUUCGCUUGAUCAGCUGAUCAACUGCCAGGAGCUUUGCAACGCUACCAUGGAAAAGUACUACAAAACGAUCUCAAAACCCCGCUCGAUCAAGGGAAAGCGGCCAGACGGAGGAGCUGAUGGUGCAAACAAGGAUCCAGAUACGUCAACUGGGAAAAGGCAGCCCACGGGAGUUGUAUCGAGUGCGUCUCCGGCAAAGAAACCCCUAAAGCGGACUCACGAUCAAGCAUCGAAAGGAGCGGGCGAGCAACGUGGUGAAUUUAAAACUCCAGCUAUACCUGCUUCGAAUAAUUCGAAGGAGCACGAUAGCGCGUUGGACGCGACCAAACGUCUCAAGCUGGACGACGGGUCGGAGAGCGCCUCGACGGGCGAAGAAAAACGGCAGGUUUUUAUCAGCAACCUCAGCUUCGAGGUGACAGAAGAUGACAUUCGGGCCAUCUUUCCCGAGCUAGCCAUCGUUUCGAUCGAGCUAGUUGCGUCGAGCUCGGGGAAAAGUCGUGGCUUCGGAUACAUGCAGCUCGCCAGUGAACAGGACGUUCCGAAAGCGCUUAGCUUCGACCGGCGUCCGCUGGGUGGACGGCCGGUGUUCAUUUCCAAUGUGGCACGGGAUAAGGCGACCCGACCUCAUCAGUUCAAGUAUUCGUCAUCAUUCGAGCCGAACAAACUGUUCAUCAAGGGCCUCCCGUUUAAUUUGGGUCGGGACGAUCUGCAGAAGCUGUUCGAACCGUUCGGCCGCAUCCGGGACAUCCGGAUCGUUUGUUUCAGAAGCGGCAAAUCGAAGGGUUUGGCAUAUCUAGAGUACGAGACGGACGCAGCUGCAAAGAAUGCCGUACUGAAGAUGGAUCAGCACGUGAUCGAUGGUUUUACGAUCACGGUGGCUAUCUCAUCGCCACCGCCCAAGAAAAACCCUACCGCUACUGAACCCAACAUUGCCGGACACGACGAUGAACCGGGCAUGGGCGCUAGUUCCAGUCUAGGUUCAGGAAAGCGACAACUGGCCAAAGGGGAUGUAAAGCAGAAGAUAUCACCCAUGAUUCCAACCGCCGUGCUGAAGAAGACCGUCUCCGCACCAGUGAGCGGUUCCGACGAGAAGCCAAAAUCCAAUGAUGAUUUUCGUAAAAUUUUUCUUAAAUAACCAACCAGAUCCACCACCAAGAGAUUGGCUGCAUGUUUCGAUUGUCUUUCCCAUGGAAAUAAGCCCACAUGUGUGCGCUAAGGUAGGAAAAACGAACAAGACCACCCGGAGUAGAGUAUUCCGAGUAUUUUCAAUCCAACUGUUCCGUUUCAUCACUGUUGUACGCGUCGCAGAAUAGGUGUACUUAUUUCAUUUCCAUACGUUAAGCAUUUUGUGUGCCUGUGGAACCAUUUUCCACGUUUCUCUCUUACUAAUAGGUUCUCAUGGCUUCGAUUCUUUCCAAUACGAUGCUCAUCAUUGUCGAAACUACACAUUUCAAUUUCCUUUUGUGUAACGAGAUACUAAAGUGUAUUUCAAAAUAA